AUGCCAGAAGAGUGCGCCAUUGGUUGUCUGAAAUCCCAGAUCAACGAUCGCCACUGUACCAAGAGAUGCAAUGUCACAGAAUGUCUAUACGAUGGAGGUGACUGUCUGAACGCAAUGACAACGCGAGAGUGCUACCCUGGAUGUGACUGGGGUAUGGUCGGCAACGGAGUCUGCAACCCCAGAUGUCAAGUGAUCGAGUGUUCAUUUGACGGUGGUGACUGCCAUGGCAAACAAGAAGAUGACGCCAAGUAUUGUGCACCUGGAUGCCCUCUGACAAGCAUGGGCGAUGGACACUGUGAUCCAGAGUGUUACGUGGAGUCGUGCCAGUUUGAUUAUGAGGACUGCCCGACUCCUCCGCCCAAGCGCAACUAUAAGGAGUGCAGCCCUGGAUGUGCCAAUAAUAAGGUGCGGGACGGUACAUGUGACAUUGAGUGCUAUGUCCAUGACUGCGAGUUUGACGGUGGCGACUGUCGUGAAGAGACCGUAAGGAAUAGAGAGUGUGCCAAGGGGUGCAAGAUCAAGUACGUCGGUGAUGGCUGGUGUGACGCUGCCUGCAACCACUUUAUGUGCAACAAUGACGGUGGUGACUGCAACUCGCCAAUGGAUGAGGCGGCCCUGAGCCUGUGCGACGCAGGCUGCACCCGUGACAUGUUGGCCAAUGGUGUCUGUGACCCGAUAUGCAACACAUUCGAAUGUGGCUACGAUCAUGGUGACUGUGGCUCGCUCGAGACUCUGACCAUCAACGCCAAUGCCCGCGCCUCUCGUCUAGGCUACGCCAGCCGGGUGGACCCCAAGUGCGAGGUGAUCCCACCAGAGAUGAAGUACUGUGGUGUGAACCAGUCGACCACUGUCCUGUCGAGUCGCGCCUGUCACUACGCCGACAAGCUGAUGCACUUUAGACAGGUGCGUGACAAUCCUAGUACCAAGGAGGAGUUGGCAUGCUUCGAUGUUCAGACACAGUUUGUGUGUGCACGUGGUUGUGUCGGUUGCAGCGGUGGCACUGGACAACCAGUGUGCAGCUCACUCUGUGAACUAUACAAGACGACUUGUGAGGGAAUCAAAGGUGUGGACCUCACCGAUGUUGACUGCUCAAAUGAUGCUCAGUUCUCUUCAAACCCUGCUCAGUGUACUCUUGUAGCCAACUUACGUGCAAGUAGUGCUAGUAUUAUUGUUGGAUCACAGUUGCUGAUAAUGGCGAGUGUUGUCGCAAUGGCUACACUCAUACUUUGA